ACAAAACAAACGGAGAACAAUUUCACUUGCCCAGUUAGUUUAGCAACUUCAAAUCCCUAGCCAUGAAAAUUGUAUCUGUUUGACAAAGUAAAAAACACCAUAACAGCACAGUUCACAGGUUUAACCCAGUCGCAGCCACAAAAUACACACGGAGCAAAUCUAGCUGGGAUAAUCCGAGCACACACUCAGAAUGGGCGCCCAGUUGGCUGGCGAGACGCGGGCCGAGGGGGGCGGGGCCAAGGACGAGGGCGGGGCAGGACCUGGACCCAUACCACCACCCCACAAGGAGCAGGACUACGCGGCUAAGCAGGCAGAUAAGUCGGAAAAGCCGGACAAGGAGGAGCAGGAGCCUCCGAGGCAGCAGAACCACGACCAGGAGCACCCAAAUCCGCAACUCGUAUCCAUGGAAUCACAAUCACCCAAGCUAAUGGGGCACCGAUCGAGAUCGGCUAACAUCACCCCUGACAUCCAGCGAAUGCCAACGGAGGCCAUCUACGCGGAGUUCGAGCGGCUGGUGCAGCGGGUGGAGGGUUCCCUGAAGGAGGUGCCGGAGCCGCCCUGCGCCGACGUGGCCGCCCGUCUCCAGAGCUGCCUACAGGCGCACCGCCAGCGGUCCUGCAACUGCUUUCCGGCCAUGGAACAGUACCGCAACUGUGUGCUACGUGCCACCCAGAACCGUGUGGAUGAUCUGGCGGAUCGGGAGCCACCAAUGAUCCCAAUAGUGCCGCCCCAGCCGAUGCCACGCCCCGCUGUCCCACCGCCCAACCAGCGGUCCAAUCGCCGUUGGUGGAAGUUCUGGACCUGGUUCCGCUAGCCCGAAAGAUGCACUUAUCGAUCCCCAAUCGUUGUCCCUUCCACCUUAAGGAAUUUCCAUCCCAAGCACAAUAAAGAAA